UACACACAGAAAUCAUGAUCAGCGCCGCGUCUUCUCCCCGCGAGAAUUCGCAUCCGGCACCACCGCCAUCCCCGCCGGAAACCGUCAUAUUCCGGUCAAGACUCCCCGACAUUCCCAUCCCCGACCGCCUCCCUCUUCACACCUACUGCUUCCAAAAACUCUCGAACUUCGCCGACAAGCCCUGUCUCAUCUCCCACCCCACCGGCCGAACCUACACCUACGCCGAAACCCACCUCCUCUCCCGCCGCACCGCUGCCGGCCUCUCCUCUCUCGGCAUCAAGCAAGGCGACGUCAUCCUCCUCCUCCUACAAAACUGCCCUGAAUUCGUCUUCUCCUUCAUGGCAGCCUCUUUCCUCGGCGCCGUCGUCACCGCCGCCAACCCAUUCUUCACUCCGGCCGAAAUCCACAAGCAAUUCACGGCCUCCGGUGCUAAGCUCAUCAUCACCCACUCCAUCUACGUCGAGAAACUCCAAUCCGGAGUCACGAUAAUCACCGUCGACGACCCGCCAGAAAACUACUGCCUUCCGUUCUCUGUUCUCACCGCAGCCUCCCACGCCGAAACUCCGCCCGUAAUUUCCAUCUCGGCAGACGACGCCGUCGCGCUUCCCUACUCGUCGGGAACGACGGGGCUGCCGAAAGGAGUGGUUUUGACUCACCGGAGCUUGAUAACUAGCAUCGCGCAACAAGUAGAUGGAGAAAAUCCGAAUCUUUUUCUGAAAAGCGAUGAUGUGGUGCUCUGUGUUCUUCCCCUGUUUCAUAUAUUUUCGCUCAACUCUGUUCUUCUCUGUUCGCUGAGAUCCGGGGCGGCGGUGGUGAUAAUGCCGAAGUUUGAGAUCGGGGCGAUGUUGGAGUUAAUUGAGAAGUGUAAGGUGACGGUGGUGGCGGUGGUGCCGCCGUUGGUACUGGCUCUGGCGAAGAGUGCGAUGGUGGAGAGAUUUGAUUUGAAUUCAAUAAGAAUCGUAAUCUCAGGGGCGGCACCGCUCGGUGAAGGGCUCCAGGCGGCCCUCCGCCGCCGGCUGCCGCCGGGGAGGGGCUAUGGGAUGACCGAGGCUGGGCCGGUGUUGUCGAUGUGCCCGGCGUUUGCCAAGCAUCCCACCUCCUCCAAGUCCGGCUCUUGCGGCACUGUCGUUCGCAACGCCGAGCUCAAAGUGAUCGACUCCAAAACCGGUUUUUCUCUGGGCCGAAACAAGCCGGGCGAGAUUUGCAUCAGAGGUGCUCAAAUCAUGAAAGGUUAUCUUAACGAUCCGGAGGCCACGUCAGCGACGAUAGAUGUGGAGGGCUGGCUACACACGGGCGACGUUGGGUACGUGGACGAUGAUGAUGAGGUUUAUGUUGUUGAUCGGGUGAAGGAGCUCAUAAAGUUUAAAGGCUUUCAGGUGCCCCCAGCAGAGCUCGAAGCCCUUCUAGUAAGCCAUCCAGCCAUUGCUGAUGCUGCUGUUGUCUCGCAAAAUGAUGAAGUUGCAGGUGAGGUUCCAGUUGCUUUCAUUGUUCCAUCCCAAGACAUUGAACUCACCGAAGAGAUUGUGAAGGAGUUCGUAGCCAAGCAGGUGGUGUUCUACAAAAGAUUGCAUAGAGUCCAUUUUGUUCAUGCCAUACCAAAAUCAGCUUCAGGGAAGAUACUGAGGAAGGAAUUGAGAUCCAAGCUGGCUGUUGCUUCUGCUUCAUCACCAUCUCCACACUGAGAACAUUCAUUAUAUUUGAAGGUGCUUCAAAACUUUAAGCACCAAUCUCAAAGCAAAUUCAAUAUGAAAAGUGCAGAAGCACGAGAUUUAAUGUUUUUUUUUUUUUUGGAUAAUUAUUGAUGGUCAUUCAAUUCAUAUAUUCAAGCAAAGGUUGGUUCGAGUCUAGAACUAGAACUUAAUAAGAAGCGUGGCGAAAUUAAAAAUUAAGGGGAGCCUGUGAAUUUCUCACUCUUCCCCUAUCCUCUGCUCUUGGCCAGCGUCCAGACUGCCUGAGUGAGCUACAUCCCUCAGGGUGAAA